AUGUAUGGCGACUUCUCCAUCCGAAGCAUCUCCUAUAAGAAGCAAUCCUUUCAGUUAGCAAAUCGGUAUAUGUAUGACACCGGUUGCUUCGUUCCUCGUCCCAACACCUCUUAUCACUAUAAUCUCUUCCAGAAAUCCAGUUCACAUUAUUACCUAAAGUUCUUCUAUGGCUGCACUGAAACAUUUUCUACAGACUUUCCACAAUCUCAGCUAAGUUGCACUUCCGAUCAAUUAAAUUACACAUUUGUUGUACUAACGCAUGGGAAAGAGUGGCCACAACAGAAAAAUGGAUCCUGUCAUUCAUACAGUAGAGUACCAGUUGAACUGAAGGAGGGAAUCCCCAUCCCAACCAUAAAUAGUCUUGACUACAGGGAGCUCCUGAAGGAUGGGUUCGCAUUGAGAUGGACAUUGUUGACCAAUAAGGGUUGUGCCAAGUGCAUACACAGUGGAGGCCGAUGUGGCAGAUCAAAGGACAAAGACUUUGUCUGUUAUUGCUCUGAUGGAUCUAGUCGUGAAAAUUGUGAUGCUGGCAGAAAUCUUCCAAUGCAAAACGGUCGCAAGAAAUCUGAUAGAUUGGAAGCUGCUUUUUCAACGAUGUCCCUUUUCUGUGCAAGUUUCUUUAGAUUAACCAACUCCACAGUCACCCAUAGAGCGAGAUUGAAAUUUACUUGCAUAUCAGGUGUCGGAAUUGGAGUCUCAGUCACUGCCCUGUGCCUAUUCAUCUAUAUUAUCUACUUGAGAAGGAAGUAUGCUUCUCUUAAGUUUCAUCUGAAGAACACUCCUUGCCCUUCCUCUGGUCUAGACAUGGAGGAAAGCAGUGUAUACUUUGAGGUCCCCAUUUUCACUAGUGGCGAACUUGAAGAAGCCACAAAUAAUUUUGCUUCUUCAAAUGAACUUGGAAAUGGAGGUUUCGGAACUGUUUACUAGGGAAAACUUCGGGAUGGGAGGGAAGUAGCAGUGAAGCGCCUAUACGAGCACAGCUACCGCAGGGUAAAGCAAUUUAUGAAUGAAGUAGAAAUCCUAACCUGUUUACGGCACAAAAACCUCGUGUCUCUGUAUGGUUGCACUUCUCGCCACAGCCAUGAGCUUCUGCUUGUCUAUGAGUACAUCUCGAAUGGCACUGUCGCUGAUCAUAUCCACAGCCAGCGAGCAAACUCAUCUCCUACAUUGCCAUGGCAAAUCGGUAUGAAUAUCGCCAUAGAGACUGCUACUGCCCUAACUUACCUCCAUGCUUCAGAAAUCAUCCACCGUGAUGUGAAAACUAAAAACAUUCUUCUCGAGGAGAAUUUUGGCAUUAAAGUUGCAGAUUUCGGGCUUUCAAGGCUAUUCCCGGAUGAUGUCUCUCAUAUCUCAACAGCUCCUCAAGGGACUCCAGGUUAUGUGGACUAUCAAUGCUUCCAGCUCACUGAGAAGAGUGAUGUUUAUAGCUUUGGAGUUGUUCUCAUUGAGCUUAUAUCAUCCAAGCCGGCUGUGGACAUAAGCAGAGAGAGGCACGAGAUUUGUUUGGCCAAUUUUGCCAUAAACAAGAUCCGGAAAUGUGCACUUGGUGAGUUGAUUGACCCGACCCUAGGAUUUGAGUCAGAUAGUGAAAUUCAUAGGAUGACAACUUCAGUAGCAGAGCUGGCUUUCCAGUGCUUGCAGCAGGACAAGGAAAUAAGGCCUUCAAUGAAUGAGGUUUUGGAAGAACUGAAGGCUAUUGUGCGUUAUGAGAAUGCUGUGAACAAAUCUGUCGAUGCAGAUGAGGGUGAAGAUGCCCUUGUGCCAUCUCCGAUGAAUAAUGACAAAGUCCAGCUAUUGAAGAACAUGCAGUUGACUCAUUCUCCUGUUUCGGUAUUUCAAAAAUGGGCUAGCAGUAGUAGCAGUUGUUCUGCUCCCGUUGCUGAUGUUUAA